AUGAAACUCUCAAAUAAACAUAACCCAAGAAAGAAAGAGAGUAAAAACCUUUAGGGUGAUAUACUUAAUAUAUAUAAUUUAAUUUAAGCUUAAUUAUUAUCAUCGAUUAAGUGGUUCGCUAUAAAUUAAGUUAAUUUGAGGAGCUACUAACUAAUAAUGGGUCAUCACUCAUGCUGCAACCAGCAAAAAGUGAAGAGAGGGCUUUGGUCACCGGAAGAAGAUGAGAAGCUUAUUAGAUAUAUCACAACUCAUGGCUAUGGAUGUUGGAGUGAAAUCCCUGAAAAAGCAGGGCUUCAACGAUGUGGAAAAAGUUGUAGAUUGCGAUGGAUAAACUAUCUUCGGCCUGAUAUUAGGAGAGGAAGGUUCUCUUCUGAAGAAGAGAAAUUGAUCAUAAGCCUUCAUGGAGUUGUGGGAAACAGGUGGGCGCAUAUAGCUAGCCAUCUACCCGGAAGAACGGAUAACGAGAUCAAAAACUAUUGGAAUUCAUGGAUCAAGAAAAAGAUACGAAAACCGCAUCACCAUUACAAUCGUCAUCAACCGUCAGUAACUACAGUGACAUUGAACUUGGACGAUACACCUAUGGCCAAUACCGUCACCUCUAGCACCAAUCCAUCCACUGUUGAUAACCUACAAUUUGAUGGUUUCACGGAUUCUCCGAACCAGUCAAAUUUCGCCAAUGAUCAAGAAACUAAUAUAAAGAUUCAAGAAGCCCUUCUCUCCCAUAAACCUCCCCUCUUUAUGGUAGACACAACACUUCCUAUCCUAGAAGGAAUGUUCUCUCAAAACAUCAUCACAAACAAGAACAACAAUCAUGACACGCAAAGAGGAGGAAGAGGAAACCUUUGCGAACAAGCAUUUCUAACAACUAACACAGAAGAAUGGGAUAUGAACCUUCCUCAACAAGAACAACGAGAACCGUUUCAAGUUCCUACAAUGGCGUCCCAUUUGUUCAAUAACUCUACCUGUUCGAAUAUUGAGACAACUAUAAGUUAUAAUCUCCCCGCGCUAAUAGAGGAAAAUAUGGAUAACAUUGUCCCAAUGGAAAAUAGCAAUUCGCAAGAUGGAUAUAUGUCAUCAACUUUCGAAUGUUUAAAGAGGCAAGACCUAAGCUAUGAUCAAUGGGUAGAUUCACAACAAUGCUCUAAUAUUUUCUUCUGGGACAACCUUAACAUAAACGUGGAAGGCUCAUCAUCUCUUGUUGGAAACCAAGAUCCAUCAAUGACCUUGGGAUCAUCUGCCUUAUCUUCAUCUUUUCCAUCUUCAUUUUAAAUUAUUGUUUAUCGCAUCACAUAAAUUCAAGCUAAUUUGUGUAUAAGUUUGUUCUUUAGUUUUUUUUUUCUUUCUUAUUUUCGUAGAGUCUGUUUUCUGAUUUUUUUUUUUCUUUUUCUUUUCUUUAAUAUGAUCUUGUAAUAAUGAGUGUUCUAAACUGUUACGAGGGCAUGGUGUGAAUGUACGUAUGUAUAUUGGUAUUUGCUCACUCAUGGUUUUAUCCUUAACUUGAUGUAAUAAUUAAGGAGAAAAAACAA